AUGACCUCGCAAAAUUCUAAACGUUCGGCGGCCUACAAAGCUGUGGACGUCCACUUAAACUCUUCAACAAAGAUUAUUGGUAUCGGGUCCGGCUCGACCGUCGUUUUUGUCAUUGAGCGCAUACUACAACGCGGUGGCUUAAAAAAGAUCGAAGGCGAAAAAUUAUCUCUUCUAGACGUCCUAUCCUCCCUAAAGAAAUUGGGUUGUCCAAACCCGAGCCUCCGAAUGGCAAAAGCCAAAGCUGGUCCAAUUCUCACUGAUAACGGCAACUUUGUGAUUGAUGCCAAUUUUGGUCCUUUGGAUGGAUCAAAGUUAUUCGAUAAUGGUAGUAAAAAUACGCCCAAAGAUAUUUUGAAUCAAAUUAAAUUAUUAACCGGAGUAGUGGAA